UGUACCGAAUAACAAGAGUCCGCGGCGUAGCAUCGACGGAUUAUAUUGUGUGUGAAUAUAUUCCAUCUAUCAACACACUUAACAACUAUAAGAAAGGACCACAUCUCAAGAAGAAAACAUCUUGAUUUGCAAGAGUAACAAUGUCAGACUGGCAGUACAGAGAGUCACAGGACGGGGAGAUAGGUGAAUCAUUUUGGAGCAGAUUGUUUUCACAUAGAUCAAGCCACAUGUUAUACCUCGACUACGUUGCGCUCGUCAUUGCUUGUUUCAUCGUCCUCGUCGUCAUCGUCUAUGUGUGUCGGGAAUGUUCAUGUGAGUACUUCAAGCAUGGAUACACCGGUGGCGAGUCAAGGUCCAGCAGUGCCGACGAUCUCCGUAUCGUCCAGGACGACUCUCCACCCGAAACGUGUUCCUCAGUCGAUAUCCAUCACCUGAGCCAUCAUAACUUCAGGGUGUUGGAGGAGUACUCACAGCGCAUGGCCCAGGUCCUCCAGGGACCUCCUCCGUCUUACGAUGAGGCUAUCAAGGAUCGAUCUCCCGCUAAUUAUCAUGGUACGGUCGGUCAGACGUCGACGGCUCCAUCAGUUUCACAGCGCCCAAACGGACAACAUGAAAAUGAUAGCGAGAGCGUCCCUCUUUUGCCGGGAAACCGAUGACAAGGGCUUCAAACCUAUAACAAUGAUUUAUUUUCUGUAAACGAUGAUUAUUAUUCAAUGUUUUCUAUAACGAGAAGGAGACACUAUUAAAAGAGACAUUACAAUCAAUGACCUUUUAAAACUGUUCUGACUACGCAUGUAGCAAUCGUGGGGUCAUUCACCUGACUCUCAAUCCAAGAGUUGAGGGUUCGAAUCCCAGCGAGGUACUAACGUCUUUUGGCAAAGCAUCAAUCUACAUUAAAAUGAUGCCACUCUCCACCCAGAUAUAAACGGGUACCUGGCAAUUCCUGGGGUAAUAAUAAUUGUAUCGCCCCAGGAAGAACAACAUUGGUGCUGAUGAGGCAUGCCUUGGUAAAACAAAUAUUUGUUAUACUGUUAAUCAUGAUGAACAACUUCUCGGCUGCCUAUUCUGGAUAAUUUACAUCGACAUGAUUAUCAUCAUGAAAUUAUAUCGGCCAAAAGAAUGACGGCCUAUCUUCUGCGAAAUGGGUCGAGCCAGUUUGGACAAAGAGGAGAUCGGACAGGAUAUAUUUGGAGGGUACAUUUAGAGCAUUAUUGAAUUGAAUUGAAUUGAAUAUAUUUAUUCAUCACCAUUGAAAACAUUGAAAGAAAUGA